AAACAAGUAAACAAUCAUGCAUGACUGAACUUGAAUAUAACGGUAAUUUUCAUUCUUUUUUUAAACGUGAUCUCCAUCAUUUGAGUUUUCACAGAUAGAAAUGAAGAUCUAAAGAAAGUACAGUAACAAUUUUGACCAUCAAUUGGAAUUUUAUCAGCAAUGGCAUACCGUGUCAGAAGUGGAAUUCUUAAUGAUAUUUGCCUACCAGUAACCGUUACAUAUGAAACAGAAUCAUUUCAAAUAAAUAAGGCAUGGAUAGGAGGUGCUUUUGCCUUGGGACUUGCUUUUGGAAUAUUAGUAACAGUCUUCUGUGUCCCAGUCUGCAUCAGAGAUUAUUUUAAGAAAAGGCAACAAGACCAAGAAGAAAUAGAAGAAGACAGAAGAAAGGAAAGAAGUAGAGGAGAGACAGUCAAAAUUAUAGAUGACUAUGAUGAUGAUGACACUGUUACGAUUGUAUCUGAUGGAAAAGGCAGAAAGAAAAGUGCAGGAAAGAAGAAAGGAAAAGGAAAAGGUCUGAUGGGAAAACUAGGGUUAGAUGAUGAGUAUCAACAUGAAAAGAAAGGAAAAGAAGUUAAAAUUGACAAAUCUUUCCAAACUGGUAUGGGCGGUAUUCUUGUCAAGUUUACAAGUGAAGAGGCUGAAUCAGAAAUAGCUAAACAAGACUUAGACAGAGUCGAUCAUUUGUCUAAUGACCUUGGCAAAGAAAAAGAAUCAAUGUUCCUAGCCAUGUUAAGGAUGAAGCUUAAGAAGGCCAAAAUAGAUGAUCCCCUUUUGUCUCGUCUUGUCAACUUUGUAAUGGAAGAUAUUCAAAAUAAAAAGAAAAUGAUUGAGGAUGAUAAGCUUGAAACUGAAGCAGAACUUAGAGUGGUUCACAGUAAAGAUCAACAAACUCUGGACAAUGAAUUAGAAAAAAUAGACAUGGCUUCCCAGCAAAAAGAGAAUAAAAUUUUAGAUGAAGAAAGAGAGAAGAUAAAACAAGACUUGAGAAGACAUACAAAGUUGUCAGAAGCUGAGAUAGAGGCAGUCAUGGAAGGCUUACUUAAAGAUAUGGGAAAACUGGAGAAAAAAUUAAGUGAAGAAAGACUGAGACAACAAAGGGCUUUAGAAGAAAGAUUGGCAAAGAGAAAACAGAUCAUAGAUUUCAGAAAUAUCCAAGACAAACAAGCACAGGAGUUAGGCAAUAAUAGUGCUGACAGUUAUGAGGAAGAAUUGAAGAAACUUGUUAUAGAUGGAAGCUUAACAGAGAAACAGAAAAAAGAAAUACUGAAUGAAUACAUGAUGGAUCUUAAACGAUUAAAUAGACAGCAUGAUAAAGAUUCACAAAGACAACAGUUAGAUUUGGCAAGUAAAUUAGAACAGAGAAGAUUGAGGAGAAUUCAUCAGCUGAAUGAGAAACAUGAACAAGAAAAAUCUCUCCUGUUACAUAAAGCUGACAAAUCCACAGACACUGCUAACUUUAUAGAGAGUUACCAUGAGUUGCUACAAGAACAAAGAACAGAACUGGAAUCAACGGAAGCAGAACUUGAUCAGACAGAACUACAACAACUGGAUCAGAUUAGACAGAGAAUAAAUCGGGAUAAAGUGCAAUCAAUAGAAGAGAGAGGAGAAAGAAUGAACAAAGCUAUUGGUUCUGUGUCAUCAGCUGAUCCAGCAGACGUUAACAGAAUGAUCAAAGCACAUAAACAAAGAAUGCUACAACUUGAAGAUGCGAGACUUCAGGAACAAAACAGAAUGAAAGCUAUGCUUCAAGCAAGAUGGGAACAAAAAAUGAUGCAACUUGAAGAUGAUGAAGAGAAAUCUAACCAAGAACAAGAAACACUUGCUGAACAACAACUGACAACAGUUAAUAGGGUGUUAAAUAGCAGUCUGGAAUUAAAUGAAGAGGCAAAGAAGAAGAUUAUGAAAGAACAUGGACAUAACAUGCAAGUCUUAAACAACCAAUUACAGAUGUCAAAAUUAAGACAAGAAAAAAGUAUGGAAGCUAAACUGGCAAAAAGAAGAACAAAAAUUGCAGAAAUUAGACAAAAACGUGAAGAUGAACUUUUGAGCAAAUCAAAAAUGAAUAAAGAUGAAUUUGACAAACUUACAAAACAGCUGGAAGCUGAACUUGCAGCUGAAGAGGUAAAAAUAGAAAUGGAAAGACAACAAGCUUUGAUUGAUUUCAAAAGAAAAAUGGCUUCUGAAACAGAGGCUCUUUUAGUGGAGCAAGAGAAGGAAUUAGGAGUUCUGAUUGGUAGAUUAGAGAUUGGAGCAGCCAGAAGACAAGCUUUGUUAACAAAACAAGACACACAGCUACAGAGCUUACAGGACCAACUUGAAAAGAAAUUAACAGAUGGUACAGUGAAGACAUCAGCUGUAGAUCAGAUCUUACAGCAACACAAAAAUCAAAUGGAAUAUGUCCACGAUCAGAUAGAGAAUAAACGAGAACAUCAAAUACAAGUUAUACAAGAUAAAAUCCAGACUAAAAAGUUAAUGAAAGAACAAGAACUUCAAGAAGAAAAACAUGAAGAAAGAGAGAUAGUUAAAUCAGCUUCUAUAAAAAGACGAGGUGCAGGACAAGCUGCAUCAGUCUUAAAAUUAAGUUAUCUAGAACAACAACACAAAAGACACAGAGAUGAGCUUGACUUAGAAAUGAAGGCUGAGCUAGAAAAAAGCAAGGAAGCAUUGAAUAGAGAAUUAGAAGUUACUCUUGACACGGAAUUGAAGCAACAAAAGAAACAGUUUUUGGCUCAGUUAGCUACAGCUUCAGACUUAUCAAAAAGAGAAUUAGAAGAUGCAGUAGAUACAGCUAUCAGAGAUACUGGUGGCAAUGAACAGGCUGCAAAGAAGUUAGGUAAAGAAUUACGUCAGGGAUUGCAACGUGCCAAAACAGACUUAACUUUAGAUGAAGAUGGUGAAAUAGAUUACAUAAGAGGAAGACCUAGUUCUGGUUACCAAGGAGACACUGCUAGACCAAUGUCAGGUUCAGUUACAACAAAAAAAGGAAAGAAAAAAGGGAAAAAGUCUCAGACCUCUGUGUAUCCUAGGGAACCAAAGGAAAGCUGGACGCAUCAAGACUAUUAUGAUAGUGAUGAAUUACUUUGAUAAACAUUCAUCAUUACUUUUUGAUUUGUAGUUUCAUUCCGUAUUUACAAGUAUGAUAAAAUAUUCUUUCUGUAAAAACUUACCAGUCAAAAAAGAAAAAAAAGAAAAUUUUAACAAAAGUUUAUU